UAGCAUGGAGUUGGCAUAAAAUUUCCAAAAGAGUGUUCUCUUUCCCCUAAUAUAAUACUACUCUUUGGUGAUCUGUCAUCAUUAUAAAAAAAAAAGUCAAAAGUUCAAGAAAAGUCUGUGAUGUGUUCUAUGGCAGCGAAUAUUGUCCAAAAUGGCUGAGACAGAAACCGAUAAUAACAGUAUUAUAAGAUCAGAAAGAAAUAAUAAGGGAACUGUGCCUAGUAAUGGGCCACGACGCGUAACUAUUUAUAAAACCGAGACUGGUUUUGGUUUCAAUGUCCGUGGCCAGGUGUCAGAGGGAGGGCAAUUGAGAUCGAUCAACGGGGAGUUGUAUGCUCCUCUUCAGCACGUAAGUGCUGUAUUGGAGCAAGGAGCUGCUGAGCAAGCCGGUAUUAGAAAGGGGGACAGGAUCCUUGAAGUAUCGGACAGGGGUAUGACCUCUAUAGGGUCAGCGUGUGGAGGGCGGGGGGGAGCAUCACAUACCACCAGAAGGGUGCUAUUUGAUACCCGUAACAAUUUGUGUGGCCUGCUGUGUGGUCGAGAGGGAGAGAGGGUUGACCUAAAGGCAUUUUUAGAAAUGCUGCCCAAAAUAACUACCACGCUGUCGGAGUCGUGGGCAAACGCUAGUAUAGUAAAGGCCAUGAACAUACCUGUUUUGAUAAUUUUGCAAUUUUAG